AUGUGGGUAGGGGGGGGGGGGGACCGGCCCAGUGACCCGCAUGAGAACCAAAGUCACGUGCCUGGAUGUCAUGUGCCUGAAUGUGAGAACAAGACUCUGGGUUCAGUGAGUAGCGAAGAGUGGCAGCCAGAAUGGAUCGGAUGGUCAUUACCUGAUGACUCGAAAUGUCAUCGCUGGCAGCCGGUAGAUGGCGCCUGCGGUCGACAAUCCUUCGACAACGCUACACGGCUGGAUUGUGAAGACUUUAUAUACCAGGCCGGCAGCAGCAUCGUCGCUGAGUUUGAUUUGGCGUGUCAAGAAUGGAAAAGGUCCUUGGUGGGCACAGUGCACAAUGUCGGCAUGCUCAUCUCUUUACCUAUCAUGGGUUUUGUAUCAGACAAAUGGGGUCGAAGAGCUGCUCUGAUCGUGAGCGGUUGUGGUGCUGGAGUCCUGGGUUUGAUUAAAUCUUUUGUCACUUCUUAUCCUACAUAUCUUAUGGCUGAACUUCUUGAAACCGUUUGCGGAGCGAGCGUUUAUCCUGCUGCAUUUGUAUUAAUGAUCGAGUGGUUGGGGGUGGAACAGAGAAUUCUAGCCAGUUUAGUCCUGGGUAUACCGCUAGCGAUGGGUGCUGCAACAUUAUCGUUACUCGACUACCUCACGGGGUACUGGAGGACUUGGGCGAGAUUCGCGUACCCACCCUCCUUCUUGUUGCUCUUGUACCCAUGGUUGUUGCCAGAGAGUGUCAGGUGGCUGACCAUCCAGGGUCGCCUGACGGAGGCCGUGCAGAUCAUAAAGAGAGCGGCGAAGUAUAACAAAGUUAACAUUCCACAAGAUGGGCUUGAAAAGAUGCUCCUUAAUGAAGCCGAGCAGGUGAACAAUAAAGUGGAGGAGAUUAUAGAAGACGAGAGUCUGUUUAGGGCUUUGUUCAAGUACGGUGCACUGAGGCGGCGCCUAUGCGUUUGUUUCGUGUGGUGGGCAUCAGCAGUGUUCGUAUUCUACGGUCUGGCAGUGCAAGCGCACGCGCUGUCUGGAUCAGCGCACGCUAACUACGCGCUGGUGGCGAGUGCGGAGCUGCCCGCGCUGCUCGCCAACACGCUGCUGCUGGACCGGGUGGGUCGCCGGCCGCUGCUGACCGUUGCGCUGCUCAUUACCGCUGUGGCACUUAUCGCCAUUCCUUGCCUGCCCGAUGGUCAGUGUUGAGUAUUACUAAUUGUUUUCCCGUGACUUCGCCCGCUUAAAUUAUGGCAUACGCAUUAUAGUUUUCCGUAGGUUAAAGAAUUUUUAAAAUCAGUCCAGUAAUACGGAGCCUGUUCAAUGAAAACAAUCAAAUAUUUAUUAUAUUUGAUCAAUUUUGCAUUCACUCAAAUAUUUUUUUAAUGAAAAUUGCUUAAAAAACCUACCCUGUUUGAGUGGUUUGCCUGAAAUUUGAUGAAAAUACGCUCUGUAGUAGCGAAAGAGUAAUGAGUGCUUGAAAAAUUCGUGAGUACUGUUAGGCCUUGGGUAGCUCAGUGGUUAGAGCAGUCCGCAUUGCGAAAGGUUCGAGUCCCAUCUCAGAGUGCUAAGGACAAAGUGGAUUUAUUAAGCAUUUUUCAUUAAGGAAAGAUGUGAUUAUUAUCUUUCCUCUUUAUAAUGUUAGGAUAGAGUAGCUUCUUUUUGGAAUUCAAAAUCAUACGAUUUACACUUGUCGAUGGGAUCAGCAUGUGCACGAGCAGUGGUUUCGGCACGGCGUUGUACCUGUUGGGCAAGAUGGGUGCUACAAUGUCGCUGAAUGCGUUGUAUGUGUAUACGGCUGAGCUGUUCCCGACGAGAGCUCGGCAUCGGCUGUUGGCUGCUUGCUCCACGAUGGGAAGGUUGGGAGCUAUACUGGCACCUCUUACGCCACUGCUGGUAAGUGACACCGCGAAUCAAACUCUAGUUUGUAGACAGUAGAACUUAUUUUAAAACUGACAUUUUUUUUCUUUAUUUUCUUUAGCAAUUUUCGCCGUUAACUAAUACUUG